AUGCGCAUAGGCGGGGCGUCGGAUCCGGUGUACGAUGAGUACACAGCCGCGCUUGGAGACGAGAUGAAGGGGAUGGCCGCGGAGUUUAAGGCGUUGGACCUGGCUACCAACAACGUGCAGGUCCACACCGCGGUGGCCAUUCCGCGCACAAGAGGCGGCGAGCUGGUGGCCAAAGGGACGUUUGUGAAGGCAUCUCCACGAGAGAGGUGGUACUCGAACGGACUGCUGGCUACUGCGCACCCGGACGAUGUGUUCUGCUUCCACGAGAUUAAUUUUCUUCCGAGCCGCCUCCCGAAGACAUACAUUCCAGACAAGCGUAAUGUUUGCGAGCGGAUUGUCAGCAUCGGCAUUCUUUACAACGCGACGGGCAGUUGUUCCGCGGUGCCACUGGUGGUCCUAUCGCCGUACGAUAGGCCCGAGCGCAGGCGGGGGCGCGCGGCAUCGCGCAUGGUGGCAGUCCGAUAUACGCACCGCGGCCGGUUGACUCCGGAGGUGUUCACGGAGUUUGUGGAGACUGUCAACGGUGUGCACUUUAGUCGUGAUCGCAACACACUCAUCCUAACCAUACACGAGGCGCAUCGCAUCACCGACGAGGUCGCGCGCCCCGUCUCGGAGCACGGCUUCAGUGUGCAGCACCUCACCAACACCCGUGUCGUCAACAUACGUGGGUCGGUUCCCGAAGGGGGCCUUCCGCACCUGCAGGGAGUGGAGGACGCGCUGAAGGCCCAUUACCGCGUUAUGCUGAUGAAGCGGGCGAUCGCGGCGAAGCGGUUCCAGUUCGACUAUGCCGCUUCUAUCGCCGACGUGGACUACGGACUCAUGCUGGAGUGGCUGGGGGAAUCGUGGACCCGUGUGCGCGCUGCAACCAUGCAGAGGAGCUGGUGGCGCGCCGGAUGCGUGCCGCCGAGCUGGCCGCCGCUGAUGGCGUACCUGAACGACACCAGCGCGACGGGCAUGUUUGAGCCGCUCAUUGCGACUUGCGUCGAGCUGCAGUUGCUCAUCGAGAAGUUUAAGAUGAGGCCUGCGUGCUACAUGACGGCGGCGGAGUUCGUCAACUGCGACGCGGGGCUCUGCGUGGAGCAGGGGUUCGUUGCCACACCUGCUGCAAGCGCGUCGGAUGACUCGUCGGGCGAGAUGAGCCUGCCAGACGGCCCGCUGCUGCGGGACGAGCGCAGCAGGCGGCGCGUCAUUUGCAACGUCACAAACGCGUACGUGGAGCGUGCCGAUGAGCUCGGCAUUCCCCCGGCCCUCGUGCCAGCAGAGGUCGGCGCAUCUAACCAGGAGGUGAUUUCCCGCCUCGGCAGGACGCCAGUUAAGCGCGCGCUGGUGGCAAAUCUGAACGCAGGCAAUGUGCGGUCCAUCCUUGGGGGAGAUCCCGGUGCGGACGGCCUGGCACUCAUUCAAGUGUACAGUGCACGGGUGAAUUCAUUUGGCGCUGGAAAUUUCUGUGGUGAAGACUUUAUAUACGUAUGCCUCUCAUCCCCUUUCCUCUACUCCUUUUUUGUCCUCCCAACCACUCCUCCUAUUCCCUUCUCUCCUCCCCACCCCUUCCUCUCGCCUCCUUCUCUCAUUCUCGACCCCUCCUCUCUCAAAAGGUACAACGGGCAGACCAAUGUGAACAUUCGCGUGCGAGCGCACGCCCUCCCUGUCCCCCUGUCAUUACGGCGUAUGAAUCAACUCAAAUUCUUUCUCCUCUCUGUUUCCCGCCCACUCCCCCCCACCAAAAGGUACAACGGGCAGACCAACGUGAACAUCCGCCUGCGAGCGCACGCGCUCUCCUCCUCCCCCAUCGCCCAAACCGUCAACAAAGGCCUACUCAGGCAGCAACGGGGUGCCUGCGUGGGUGGCAUUACCUAUAGUAUCUCAUCCCCUUCUUGUCUUCCUAACACCUCCUCUCGUCCCCUCCUCUCCUUCACCCAACUCCCCAUCAACAGGUACAACGGACAGACCAACGUGAACAUUCGCCUGCGAGCGCAUGCGCUGUCUUCCUCCCCCAUUGCCCAGACCGUAAACAAGGCCUAUUCAGGCAACAACGGGCUGCCGGUGUGGGUGGUGUCAGGGCAGUGGGCUCGAGACAACAGCAACGACGCAUACACACUGCAAAAGUGGUACUAUGAGGCUAAUAAGAAGUACCCUCCUGGGUCUACUAGUUCCGUGUACUCUAUUGUUCGGGCGAUGGCCGGGGAUCCGAGGCGGUACUAUGCGGUGGUGAGCUCUGUGACCCGGCCGCUAGGGGCGAUCAGGGGGCAGUUCAGGAGGACCCUGCCGUUUUUGCUGUACCCGUGGAAUCCGUGCUAG